AUGUUCACCUAUCUACUGCACAAAUGCUUUGCUGUCAUUCUACGAUUCAUCAUUGGCUUGGGUGCGAAGGUAUCUGCCAGUCCAGAUGAAGUACGUCAUAUCCCCUCCAGGGAUGGCCGAGCCAUCAAGGUCCAUCUGUAUCAGCCCUCCCACCCCGGCCCAUCCCCGGUUCUCCUCAACUUCCAUGGCAGCGGGUUCAUGCUCCCCCUCCACGGUAGCGAUGAUGAAUUCUGCCGUCGAGUCAGCCGGGAGACCGCGUACACGGUCGUCGAUGUCCCCUAUCGCCUGGCACCGGAACAUCCCUUCCCCGCCGCCCUGCAUGACGUUGAAGAUGCCAUCCAAUAUGUCCAAUCGCGGUCCGAGGAGUUCGAUCUGACCCGCCUAUCUCUCUCGGGCUUCAGCGCGGGCGCCAACCUCGCCCUGGCCGCGGCCUCCACUGUCUUCCCCCCGGAUACAUUCCAUUCCGUCGUGGCCUUUUAUCCCGUCACCGAUCUGAAAUCGGACCCGACGCUCAAAUCCGCGCCCGUGGCUGGAGGCCGGGUGAUUCCCAGUUGGGUGGGACGCCUCUUCAAUCACUCUUAUCUCCCGGCGGGCUUUGAUAAGGGGGACCCACGCAUUUCGCCACUCUUUGCGCCGGCCGACCGGUUCCCUCGGCGCCUGGCCAUGAUCACUGCCGACGGGGACUCCCUGGCCCUCGAGGCCGAGGCGCUAGCCGAGAAGGUUCAGGCCGUGGAGGGGCGCCAUGUGGUGAUCCAGCGCAUGAAGGGAUGCUCGCACGCGUGGGACAAGCGCACCGCGCCGGGCACCCCGCAAUCGCACGCCAAGGACCAGGCCUACCAGGUGGCCGUGACUCUGCUGAACGCGACUUGA